AUGGCUGAAACGUGUCGAGAGCAAAGGAGAGGCAGUGCCCCAGUUUUCACUUUUUCAUACCUGAACUCUCUGCUCACGGUGGCAGUUUGGGCUGUUCUAGCUCCGACGAAGACGGAUGGUUGUCUGGUGACUACAGGGACUCUGGAGACAGCAGUGCACUCGCAAGCCGCCAAAGCCCCAGCCUCACCAUUGCUGACUCGGAGUCAGACAUCUGGCGUCUUCUCGACUGAUAGUAGUGUAGAGGAGCACCAGUCCCCUCUGGGGGUGACACAAGACACCCCCCCACUAGGGGACCUGAAUGAUCCAAGAAGGUUCCCCAAAUGGCCGACUCCAUUCUUCAUGGGGGAUAGGGGUGAUGCAGCAGAGGGAGAGCACCAGCGGCUGGUCUGCCUUGGGCUACCAAACCUUGGGCAGACCUGCUACAUGAACGCCACCCUGCAGUGUCUGUUCCACCUGCCGUCCUUCUGCGAGGACAUCAGUAGGCAGGAGGAAUACUGGCGGCUGGUCCCGUCUGCUGACCUGUUGAGAUAUUUCACCGAUCUGGCUUCCGCCCAUGGGUCAAGUGGAAAGCAGAAGACUCUGCUGAAACAUCUACUUCCCAAGGUGUCGUGCCAUUUUGACGAAGACGAGCAGAAUGACGCCCAUGAGCUUUUCGGCUGCCUGAUGUCCAGGAUCAGUGAGCUGGGAAACUUAAUCCAGGCCCGGAUGAGGACAACCAUGUACACCUGUCCGGUGGGAGGAAACAUGGGCUUUCAGAUGCUGUGCCAGAAGACUUGUGCCAGCUGUGGAGUACAGUCCACCAGGACGGAGGACUUCAAUCAUCUGUCCUUGGACGUCAUCCCAUAUGUCUCAGUUGUCCUCGUCCUGCACUUCAAGAGAUUCAGCUAUACCCCACAGUAUGAGCUGAAGAAAGUGUGGGACCCAGUUCUCCUCUGUAGGGAGAUCACCCUACUCCCCCACUUCAGGGAGAUCUCCCAGGUCACAGAGAGGCCCCAGUCAGCUGACCCUGAGGAGCCUCAUCUGAAGGAUGCCGAAACCACACAAGAGGCACACGCGUACGUUAUCUGCAUAGAGAUGUACAGUAAAUGCUAAAAUUAGAGCAGACUCAUCAUACACAUUCUGAAUUCUUUAAAUAAACGGGAAAUGCUGUAAAUAGACAAACGGUCCCUAUAAACACCCAUGCACGCGUAUGGACAAUAGUCUGAUUGUAUGGAUCCCGUUCCAGGGCAUGUCCCUAGGAUGCCAGGUAGCGGUAACGUAGGACUUGUGGAGGAGGAGAGCCAUACCCUAUGCCACAAUUUACCUACAGUGGACUCACCAAAACCUGCCUGGGCUCAAGCACGUAAUGGGCUACAGUUUCUCAAAGGAAUACUGUCAGAGCAGUCUGUGUGCACUGGUGCACACCUUCACAUGACAGUUCCGUUAUUCAUCAUUAUAAUACACUGUGCUAUGCAGCAAAGUAUGUAGAGGGAUUUACUAGAGUUAAACAAUCUCAAGGUGGUAAAUUUAGAGUCUAAAAUUUAAUGUUAUCCUGUUGCUGUUCUUCCUUGAUCACAUUUGCAUUUAUUUAGAUUUGAAAAUGUCAGUAUCUAAAAAAAAGCAUUUAAAAAUGUUUAUUAUGCAUGAAAUGUAGAUAAGUUUAGGAGGGCAUUUGAAACUGGUAGCCCUUCGUAUGGUUCAGUACCCGAGAAGUAGCUCUCAGUUUCAAAAAGGUUGGUGACCCCUGCAUUAGACUCAUAGAAAUGGAAAGAUGCAAAUAAAGGAAUAGACAUUGAAGAAGUUUGUGUGUUGUGUGUAUAAAGCAGUUUAUGAAUAAUCUUAGCUGGCGCAUUAUGUAGAAGAUGCUUGAGACACACUUCAAAAUUACUGUACUAUCAUCCCAGUAAUCUUACGUGUGAAAACAGAUUUGUGCUACAUAAAUCUUUUGGUGGUUUGUUGUCAAUAUAUGUAAAAAUGGAUUGAUAUAUCAAUGCAGCCAUGUAAUAUUAUAAAGAAAAAUAACUGAUUAUUGUGGGUGCCUCUGCAUGAAACUUUAAAAUAAUGAAGAUUUUAAUAUCUAGAGGAAAUCGGCAUUAAAUUUGGGCUCAUUUAGGCCUAUAGUGUGUAAAUAACACUAUAUUUCUUGCUUACUUCAUUUUUGCUUUUUCCAGCCAUCAUCUGUCUUCCAACAGUUUCUUAACCCCAAUACAAAAUCUAACCCUAAAAAAAAAAAUCAGCGAGUCAUACUGCCACCUACUGUGCUGGAGUUAUCAUUACAGAAAUCUAUACCUAAGCCUGUUUUGCAAAUCAGCUACAUACAUACCAAAGAUUUUCCUAUAAUGCCAACUGUAGCAUCUCCCCAAAAGAUGCUCAAGACUUGACUGAUGGUUUUAUUGUUGUGAAAUCUUUGAGUUAAUCAACCAAUAACCCAAUCAACCAACGUAAGAGCUGGACAGAGCACAAGAAAAAUGCAUUACCUUUAUAGACAGUGUCAUGUAACGUAGCAUAUUACCAACUUAGUAAAAGAGUUCAGUCAGAAUCACCUCAAACAAAACACUAACAUACAUUAACCGUGCCUUUUCAUGAACACUAACCUUGUGCCGUUUCGGAGGGUGUAAAUCAUUCUAUUUCAGCUUAUUUCUUAUCUCCUUUUCUUCACCUUCGCUCAAUAUCCCCUUUUU